CGAAUUUGGAUGGACGGACGAUGAGCGUUGUCAACCAAGGUGCGCGGUUGGAUGCUGGCUAUCGACGGCGAUAGGCAGCCAAAGUUUCACAUGACAACAAUGACCUCGCAAAUACGAGUAAUAGCACAGCAUAAGCUAUCAGCAUUCGCUAUUGAUACUUAUCACUAUCGCAAAACAUGACGGACACGAUUCCUGCCAUCCGUGUAACGGAUCCGCAGAGCCGAGAUACCGUACCAGACACGACAGGACCAAACAGGAGCGAAGGAUUUGACUAUGCUGCGGGCAGCAGAAGCGCAUCGCCGAAAGAGGGCAGCAGACCAUCGACAUCUGGAGGACUCCCGAACCCUGGAAAACUGCUCCGUUCGUUGUCGGGGACCUUGUCGAACCAAGAAGAGCCCGUCGCAAACGACCGCGACCCCUUGUCGCAACAUCUCUUCCGCCGCGUACGACCAACGUCAUCUGGCGCGAGUGCUCCCUCUGAAGAUCGAUCCGACGACAAUGCCAUUUCUAGGUCAAAUACCACCAUAAGCUCUGCUGGCAAAGAGAAGAAGAAAGGCGCCUCAUUCCUCGGACGAUUGCUUGGAAACAAGAAGAAAGAGACCGACGACAAUGUCAUUGACGACGCUGCUUCCGAGUACAGCAAUCUGCGCCCCGAAGGUAUGGAGGCCAACGUCUUCUCCCAACCCGUAGACAACAUCGAGUUCAAUCCGCGACAUCCUCCACCUCCCGAAUACAUAAGAGUCAGGGCGCGAAACAAGAAGGACAAGGACUUUGACCACUUGUUCUUGGCCCAAGAACUCUUGUCUUCAAAUGCCCAUCAUGGAGAGACCCCGGUUUGGGCUAUGCAAUUCAGCAGAGACGGAAGAUACCUGGCGGCUGCAGGACAAGACAAGAUCAUUCGCGUCUGGGAGGUCAUAAGGACGCAGGAGGAUCGCAAGUCGCAUGCUGAAGAGUCCGACAUCAACCAACGUCCACGCUUGAGCGCUCCAGUAUUCCGACAAGAGCCCAUCAGGGAGUACGAAGGCCACACAUCGACCAUUCUUGAUUUGAGCUGGAGCAAGAAUAACUUUCUUUUAUCCUCGUCAAUGGACAAGAAUGUGCGCCUCUGGCAUGUCAGCAGGGAUGGGUGUCUUUGUACUUUCAAACAUAGCGAUUUUGUCACGUCAAUCGCUUUUCAUCCCAAGGACGAUCGCUUCUUUCUGGCUGGUUCACUCGACUCUAAGCUGAGAUUAUGGAGCAUUCCUGACAAGACAGUCGCUUACUGGAGUCAGUUACCGGACAUGAUUACCGCUGUCGCAUUCACACCAGAUGGCAAGUACGCAAUGGCUGGCUGCUUUACUGGUCUCUGCAUGUUCUACGAAACCGAAGGACUCAAGUAUCAGACCCAGAUCCACGCUCGUUCUAGGAACGGCAAGAACGCCAAGGGUAGCAAGAUUACCGGCAUCCAAUCAUUCCAUUCUGGCGGAGAAACAAAGGUCCUCAUCAGCAGCAACGACUCCCGAAUACGGCUGUACAACUUUCGCGACAAGAGUUUGGAGAUCAAAUUCAAGGGUAACGUCAAUGAUUCUAGUCAAAUCAGGGCAGCCAUCAGCGAUGAUGCCAAGUACAUCUUUUGUGGCAGCGAAGAUCACAAAGUUUAUAUCUGGCCCACAGAUCCCGGCGAAGGUGACAAAAAGCAGAAGAGGCCAAUGGAGACCUUUGAUGCUAGCAAUACAGUCGUUACCUGCGUCGCGUUUGCGCCUCCAAAGAGUAAGCAAUUGCUAGGAAGAUCAGAAGAUCCCAUCUACGAUUUAUGCAAUCCUCCUCCCGUCAUGUUGAUGAGUUCGGCCGAGCGUGUAGGAUCGCGUCCUCCAUCUCGAGCGCCGACAGAGGACGGAAUCGACACGGAGCUUCAACCUCAAAAACGACCAGAUGAAUCGCCCGCAUACCUCGCUCGCUCCACACACGUCACUGGAAAUAUCAUCGUGACCGCCGAUUUGGCAGGCAAGAUCAAGGUGUUCAGACAGGAUUGUGCUUGGAACAAGCGCAAGAAUGAGAAUUGGGAGACUUCCUCCGUCUUCUCGAAGCGCAAGCUCGGUCGCACAGCAUCGAUAGCCACCAAAGGCAGCAGCCGUAGUUUGCGCAGCUCUCAUGGUCGCCUCGAAGGCCCAGCGGAUAGAAUCCUCUCAUGGCGUCAGGGCAUCUCAAGCACUCCAAACAUUGCCAAUGGCUCCAUUCGCAGUCAGUCACCUCGAAAGUCCACGGCCAGCGCCCAACCACGUCCAGACUCCAAAGCAUCAAUGGCACCUCCUCCUCUACCCAAGAACGACGAUCGUGGUGGUGGCGAAGAGGACAAUGAUCCACUCAUGCUCCAAGGCGAUCAAUCAAUGCUAUAUUGGAAACUCGCACUCAACUCGGCACGCAACCAUCAAAAUCAACCCCCACCAUCGCCUCAAUCACAACAACCCCCUCAAUCUGGCAGACCAUCAUCAACUCGAACAGGUAGCUACAACCUCGGUCUACCGCACCCGCACCCGCUCCAACGCAACCAUACUGCUGUUAGUAAACUCAGUAUUGAGCAAGAGAGUGCUGCCGAGGACAGUGAUUCGGAUGCCGCUAGUUUCAAAGACGCACUGCAAGGACAUGAAGAGCAAGUAACAUGCAGAGAGUGUGGUAGUGCGAACUUCCACGUCAAGGCUGCAAAGACUGGUGACACGAGGUUGUGCUGCUCAUCUUGCGGUGCAGCUGCUUGAUUUUCGUUUAUUGUUUCUCAUGCGUUCUUCAUAGCAGGAGUACAGGGACAAGCAUGAUACCAGUUUAGUGCUAUAGCGGCGGCGAUUGAUGAAAACAACACCCAUCAAAUCUCUUCCAAUUUUCCCCAAUCAUGUGCUCUCACUGGACGGUUACACUGUCGUCCAAAACAUCUUCAAAGUGCAAAAGUGACUUGUAGACAAGGAUUUUGAAUACAACGCUCAGAACUAAAAUGAAAAGACCAGAACGCAGCUAGUAGGUAUCAAAAGAAAAGGGACAAAGUGCAACAAAAAACCAAACGUGUGUCCGCAUAGCAGAGUAGUGCAUCAAACAAACUCUGGCAGCAGGGAUCACAGCUUAAACGCCCAGCAAGGUUCUCCAUUAAUCAUGCAUGCUCGUUUUCAUCCACCCCCCACCAUA